CUUGGGUGGACAAUUACUACAUAAACCAAGGGUCUUCGUCCUCGGACACACCCAAAUGAUCCCAAUAAUUAUUCUUCUCUCUCCUUCUUUAUCUUUCCUUUCCUCUUAACCAUCCACUAAUCAAAUACUAAAACCUAAGAAAUUAAGAGAGAUUGAUCAAUUAUGGAGACGGAAGAAGAGAUGAAGGAAAGUAGUAUAAGCAUGGUGGAGGCAAAGUUACCACCAGGAUUCAGAUUUCACCCGAAGGACGACGAGCUUGUCUGCGAUUACUUGAUGAAACGAUCGCUUCACAAUAAUCCUCGACCACCUCUCGUCUUGAUCCAAGUCGACCUCAACAAGUGUGAGCCUUGGGACAUCCCAAAAAUGGCAUGCGUGGGAGGGAAGGAUUGGUAUUUCUAUAGCCAAAGAGACCGGAAAUACGCGACGGGGCUGAGAACAAACCGAGCAACGGCCACUGGAUAUUGGAAAGCUACCGGCAAAGACAGAGCCAUUCUAAGAAAGGGUAAGCUUGUUGGGAUGAGGAAGACAUUGGUGUUCUAUCAAGGUCGAGCUCCUCGAGGUCGUAAAACCGAUUGGGUCAUGCACGAAUUCCGUCUCCAAGGAUCUUAUCAUCCUCCCAAUCAGGAAGACUGGGUCUUGUGUAGGGUGUUCCAUAAGAAUACGGAAGGAGUUAUAUGUAGAGACAACAUGGGAAGCUGUUUCGAUGAGACAGCCUCCGCAUCUCUUCCUCCAUUGAUGGAUCCUUACAUCAACUUUGACCAAGAACCCUCUUCUUACCUCAGUGAUGAUCAUCACUUCAUCAUCAAUGAGCACGUACCCUGCUUCUCCAAUUUGUCACAGAACCAAACCUUAAACGCAAACCUUACCACCUCAGUCUCUGAACUCAAGAUUCCAUGCAAGAACCCUAACCCUUUGUUUACUGGUGGUUCAGCUCCAGCUACGCUCACAGGCCUCGACUCGUUCUGUUCUUCAGAUCAGAUGGUUCUCAGAGCUCUACUCAGUCAGCUCACUAAGAUCGAUGGAAGCCUCGGGGCUAAAGAAUCACAGAGUUAUGGAGAAGGUAGCUCGGAGAGCCUGUUGACCGACAUUGGUAUUCCAAGCAGUGCUUGGAAUUGCUGAUGAUCGAGUGUAACCAGAGUUACUAUUGCUAUAUAUUGGAACAAUUCUUCGGGGGGAAAUAACGUGAGCGUGUCUGAUUGUACAAAACAUUUCCUCACCCUUGUACCCAGUAGAUUCAUGUAAAAUACCACUUAUGACGUUAUACAUAUAUAUAUAUUUCAUCGUAGUUCCAUUUGUUUCAA